CUGAUUGGUAUUUGUCGAGCGCGGGCUCACGUGAUAGCUGUCUCCAGCUGGUACAUGACAAACCGAACCACCACCGAAGACCCGUGACUGCACCCUGACACGGUCCUCUCGCACCUAGACACCGACUACUAUCAGCGGUGGAGACUUUUGGAGAGAAGCCUGCUGACGACGGGAGCUUCUUUGGUUGGGUUGAAAAACCAAAACCGGGGAACGAAGGAGUUCAUGCAGCUCCAGGGCCACCGUGUCACAACAUAGCGAUGUGCAGUGAAUGGGAUCUCGAAGGAAACGGCUCCAUGAGCUAACGUUUGCAAGCUAGCGACCGAGCCGGGAUGUGAAGCUGCCGCCCGAGAUGAGAAGGGCACGCAAGAGAAUGAUGGCCAAAGGAUAACAUCCGAGAAGCUGCAUUCCCUCAAUCCCAAGUGACCCUUCUCUUCUCCAUAACAUUUCUUUCAUGUGAACCCCUGGAAGACCUGAAGUGAACUUCUUUAAGUCAUGUCAAUUCUCCACAUCCAAAUGAUUUUGUGAGCCUUUCUCCUCCCUCCUAAGUUUCACCCGUACACUGGAUGUAAUGAAUUGGACAUUCGAAGGAGGAUUGCUCACCUCAAAGGGAAAUUAGUCCUAAAUCUUGUAAAACGUUGCUCUUUCUGGAACAAUCACCUGACCCCUCCUUACAUUGCCUCAAUUCUGCCCCCUGCGAGUGUCUUUGGGCCAUGGUUCGAAAGAAAGGCUCUCUAAUAUUAUGUGGUGCUUUUCUAUUUGUCGCUUGGAAUGCUUUGCUUCUACUGUACCUGUGGGGUCGUCCCCCAAAUGGCAGGCUGACAGAGAGAGGUGGCGUGGAACCAGGAGGAAAAGAGGAGUGGGGUAAGAGGGGUCCAAUGAACCUGGCUGGUGAAGUGAUCCGGCUGGCAGAGGAGGUAGAAGCCCAGCUUGAGACCCAGAAAAAGCUGCUAAAGCAAAUUGAAAAUCACAGGGCAGCGUGGGCCCAGCAGAGGGAUGUGGAAAAACGAGAGACGAAUAAAGUAGUAUCAGAUGCAGUCCGUCAACCAAUCAAACCUCCCGUGAAAGACAGUUUGGGUAUCCAUGGUCAGUCCUCAAAAGCUCCCGAGGAGACUGCUGCCACAAUGGCUGCGGCCAUCAGGAAAGGAAGUGAAUUGGUGACGUAUGCUUAUGAUGAGACCAAUAAGGCAUCAAAGUCUGCCACCCUGGAAGUGGUCAUUCCUAUCCUGGUCAUUGCUUGUGACCGGGUGACGGUGAAGAGAAGCCUGGAUAAGCUGAUCCAGUAUAGGCCGUCUCCUGAGGCGUACCCUAUCAUUGUGAGCCAGGACUGCGGCCACGCGGAGACAGCUCGUGUCAUUGACUCAUACGGGCAACAAGUGACUCACAUAAAGCAACCGGAUCUGUCGGACAUCAGAGUUAGACCAGAGCACCGGAAGUUCCAGGGGUACUACAAGAUAGCGAGACACUACCGCUGGGCACUGAACCAAGUGUUCAGGACUUUCUCUCAGUCAACAGUGGUCAUAGUGGAGGAUGACCUUGAGGUGUCGGUGGACUUCUAUGAAUAUUUCCGCGCCCUGUACCCCAUCCUGCGCGCUGACCCUUCCCUGUGGUGUGUUUCUGCAUGGAAUGACAAUGGCAGGGACGCUUUGGUGGAUCCAUCUAAAGCAGAUCUGCUCCACAGGACAGACUUCUUCCCCGGUUUGGGCUGGAUGCUGCUUAAGGAGAUGUGGGAUGAAUUGGAGCCCAAGUGGCCCUCUGCAUUUUGGGAUGAUUGGAUGCGCCAACCAGAACAACGCAAGGACCGUUCCUGCAUCCGGCCUGAAAUCUCUAGGACUAUCACUUUUGGUCGCAAAGGUGUUAGUUUAGGUCAAUUUUUUGACCAGUACCUACGCUACAUUAAGCUAAACACUGAGUUUGUGCCUUUCACCAAACAUGAUUUGUCUUACUUGCUCCGAGAGAACUAUGACGACACAUAUGUCAAAAGGGUUUACAGUGCACCACUCGUAAAAAUUGAGGAUCUGCAACAGGGAGGACGCUUACGAGGAGGUGGUCCAUACCGGGUCCAGUACUCCACACGAGAGAGUAUUAAAGUUUUUGCAAGGAAUCUAGGCGUUAUGGAUGAUUUGAAGUCAGGGGUCCCUCGGACUGGUUACAGAGGGAUCGUCAGUUUCCUCCACCGAGGUCGUAGAGUGUACUUGGCUCCACCUGAGGGCUGGACACAGUAUGACCCCAGCUGGAGCUGAAACACUCCUGUUCAGCAGCAGGGUUGAAGUGUAAAUGGAGAAAUCUCCUCAGACCAAAGAACCAGUGAAGGUUCUGGAAGAAGUGAAGUUAGGAGGUCCAGGGUAGAUGACUGGACUUAGUAGAUCCGCUGUGAAGGAAGUGAAAGAGAUGGUCAGAGACUUUAAUCGAAGGACGACUGCGGGCCAAUACAUACUGUAAUGAAGGAAACACCCUCAGCCCCAGGAAGUCGACCAUCAUGGUGCAAUAAUUGUCAGAGAAACGUUGCUUGUGGCUGCUGCUUAAUGUCCAUAAUCACUGAGUAAGCCAAGCCCCUGGUGGGUGGUUCUCCGUAUCAACCUGCUUCGAACAUUUCGCUGCCUGUGGUGCUCCUCUCAGGUUUGUUGUGUUGUUCAGAGCAGAGUGAUACUGAGACCUGAACAAGGCUGCACUAAUUGUUAAUUUGUGUCAACCUUUUAAUUUCAUGUCAGCCAUUUCUGCUGCGUGUUGAGAGAAUGUAAUCUAUGUGAUGUAUUUGUGACAUUGUGGAGGAGGAGCACUGUUAUGAGGUCAUCAACUGAGGUUUGUUAACUCCACUGAACAGUUGUUAAAGAACCAUCGAUUGUCUGGGCUGCUGGACUAAAGGAUCAGGACUCUCACGUCAGUAGCGUCAUGAGAUCAUCCACAUGAGUGAAAAACCACUGCCUGAUGUGUUUAUAACUUUAAUACAUUUCAAUAAAUAACUAUUUUGAUAGCGGUCUUCACCAUGAAGCUCUCUUUUUGUCAUGGUCAACAAGUCUCCAGUGUUCUCACUUAAACAUAAUUUCUUAUUGUUUCCUCCCCCAACUCUCAUGGCAAAGAUGAAACUGAUAAUGUAGCAAUGCCAACCAAUAAAAACAUCUAGAAAUGAGAUCAGCCCAGAGCCAAAACUUCUGAAUAUAAAAAUUCAACCUCAUCAAAUAGUGGUCCUAAACCUUAAACCUGUCAUUUGAUAGGGCAUUACUUUAAUCUGGAAGUAUACACUUCUAUAUUAAUCACAUGAGUCAUAAUAAUAAAACCAAAACUAUGGCACAGAGACACUAACGCGCCACACUAAACUCCCACUCCUAUGCUCACACAACUCAACACACAUUUGUUUGUGCGGACCUGUCAUUGCCAUAAUGCUUUCCCCAGCCUCUCACCUUUAACGCAACCAUCCAAAACAAAUGGCUAACCUUAACCA